AUGUCUCGCGGCGGCGGCACUACGCUCUACGUCACUGGCUUCGGCCACGGAACACGCGCUCGCGACCUUGCCUACGAGUUCGAACGCUAUGGUCGCCUUGUCCGUUGCGACAUUCCGGCUCCCCGUUCGGCUUCGUCUAGGCUCAGCUUCGCCUUCGUCGAAUACGAGUCUCGCCGGGAUGCCGAUGAUGCGUAUCACGAGAUGCACAACAAGCGCAUCGGCCGCGAUGACUUGUUGAAGAUUGAGUGGGCACGUACUCCUCCCUCGGCAUCAUGGCGCUUCGACUCAGGACGUGACCGCCCCCGCGGUGAGCGCUCUGAGCGUGGCGGUGACCGAGGCGACCGUUCCGACCGCGGUGAUCGUGCAGACCGUGGGGUACGCUCUCCACGCCGUCGCAGCACUUCCCCACGCCGUGAACGCGGUGCAUCCCCUCGCAAGGAUGACCGCCGCGAGCGCGACUACGACCGUCGUGACCGUGACCGAUCAAGGAGCCCUGUUGACGGCGACCGCGAGAUGAAGGAUGUCCGCGACCGUGAGGACGACCGAGGCGACCGUGAUCGUGGCGACCGCGAAGAGAGGCGCGACCGUGAGCGCGAGGCUGAGCCACCUGCUGAACCCCGAAAGAUCGAAUCUCCUCCGCCUGCGGCUCAUGACGACCUGGACGUAGCUGAGUAA